CUGGUUCAGCAUAUACCAGAUUUUAUAUAUUUAAGCGGUAUCGCCAAGCUUUGGGAGGUCAUUCACUCACACUGGAGUUUAUGAAAGUGCGGGUGUGUGUCAAUAGAUUAAACACAGCGAUCAGACGAACAACAUAUACAACGAACUGUGAUUGUUGAGUUUAUCCAAAAUGCAGUUAUCCAAGGCUACACUUGUAUUGGUAGCAGCUUGUCUACUUGGGUCCACCACCCAAGCUCAGGUUGUAGGAGUAGAAGGUGAUAGAGCCGACGCGGCCCCUGUUGCCGGAGAGAGUAUAUGUUGCAAGCGCAAGAGAGAGGGCAAACUUGUCCCCCGAUCUUUCGGAGUCAUAACCCGUAAGUGUAACACUUUUACCUGUCCCGAAGGAUAUGGUGCUCUUUCGGUAGAACUCCAAGAUUCAACCGUGUGCACAAAUGGUUGCAACGUUGAUACCUGUUGCACAGGUACUGGUGAUUUGCCAGUUAAUACUGAUAACAUAUCUGCACCAGCAAGCACUUCACCGGAUAUAACACCAAAUGACAGUCCCGACACCGAGUUCGCGGAUGAAUUCGUUAUGGGUAUCAGCGGAGAGAGCUGUGAGGAUGUCUGUACCGGUCGAGGUCAGAUUUGCAAUGUUGAUACUACAGUAUCAAUGAUACGCGCGGCAUGGACAGCUGGUGGGGAUGCUAGCGCAGUGGUAGGUAUCAUGGAGCGUAACGGGGGCGAAUGCCCCAACGGUCACAACAAUGAGGACUACUAUUCACUACCCGGAGUUGGUAAUGGAAACUGUGAAGUAUCAAAUAACUAUGGAACAGCAGAUGGAACAGUUAUGUUUAAUUGUGCUGGCAAGUUCGACACUGUCGAACGUCUGUGCUUCUGCAAUGCUGCUAACUUUGUGGCACCGGCAGCUGAUGCAACGGUUGCUCAGGCACCAGUUGAGGUACCGGUUCAGGAACCAGUUGACGAGGCACUAGCAGUUGAGGAACCAGCAGUUCA